GGGAAGUCAGGCUACUUCAGAGCGAGAACUCAACUUCUGCCUUUCAUUCGGGGCUGGUUCAGCUGCAGUUCGUGUCGACUGCCCAGAGUCCAUGAACUAGCGAACCCGCUUUGGGGAGAGAGAUUUUCACCCUGCUUUCCUCAUCUUCUCUUGAAGCUGAAAAGCUAUGGCCUACCACAGCUUCCUGCUUGAACCCAUCAGCUGCCAUGCCUGGAAUAAGGACAGAACCCAGCUUGCCAUCUGCCCCAACAACCACGAGGUCCACAUCUACAAGAAAGCUGGGGAAAAGUGGAACAAGGUCCAUGAGCUGAAGGAGCACAACGGGCAGGUGACAGGCAUUGACUGGGCCCCCGAGAGCAACCGCAUUGUGACCUGCGGGACCGACCGGAACGCCUACGUGUGGACCCUCAAGGGCAAUGUCUGGAAACCCACCCUGGUUAUCCUGAGGAUCAACCGCGCCGCCCGCUGCGUGAAGUGGUCUCCCAAGGAGAACAAGUUUGCUGUGGGCAGCGGCUCCAGGGUCAUCUCCAUCUGCUAUUUCGAGCAGGAGAACGACUGGUGGGUUUGCAAGCACAUCAAGAAGCCCAUUCGGUCGACCGUCCUCAGCCUGGACUGGCACCCCAAUAAUGUCCUGCUGGCCGCCGGCGCCUGUGACUUCAAAUGCAGGAUUUUCUCGGCCUACAUUAAGGAAGUGGAGGAGCGGCCGUCCCCCACGCCGUGGGGCUCCAAGAUGCCCUUUGGGGAGCUGAUGUUUGAGUCGAGCAGCAGCUGCGGCUGGGUCCACAGCAUCUGCUUCUCUGAAAGCGGCAACCGCGUGGCGUGGGUCGGCCACGACAGCACCGUCUGCCUCUGGGACGCCAACAAGAAAAUGGCUGUCGCCUCGUUGUCUGUGGAGACUCUGCCGCUCCUAGCUGUCACCUUCAUUACCGAGAACAGCCUGGUGGCAGCGGGCCACGACUGCUACCCGAUGCUCUUCACCUACGACGAGAGCCAGGGCUCGCUGACCUUUGGCGGGAAGCUGGAGGUCCCCAAGCAGAGCUCCCAGCGGGGCCUGACUGCUCGCGAGCGCUUCCAGAACCUGGAUAAGAAAGCCAGCACCGAGACCAACAACGUCACGCUGGAAACGCUGCACAAGAACAGCAUCAGCCAGAUUUCUGUGAUUGCCGGUGGCAAAGCCAAGUGUACCCAGUUCUGCACCACAGGAAUGGACGGGGGGCUGAGCAUCUGGGAUAUCAAGAGCCUGGAGUCCGCACUGAAGGAUCUCAAGAUCAAGUGAUGGAGCCUGUGGGGAAAGGCCAUUUGCAGCACCGCCAGCCUCACUCUCUUAUUCCAAUUCUGCUUGCUUCUUUUUCUGUAAGAUGUUUAGAUCAAGACGACUGAUAUUUGCAGAUACACAUCUCCCCUGGCAGCGGUACAGCUGCCUGGGCUCAAAGGCACUUGGGAGACUUGUCAGCUGAAGUAAAUUAAGUACAAAGAAAUUAAGUAGUUUUUUUAAAAGACUUUUUUAAAUUUUAAAACAAUGCACCUAUGCUGGUCAUAAAUUGCUUGAAGAAACAAAAUAAAAAGUGUCUUUUUCAUGUGAA